AGCAUCAAAAUACCAAGAUUUUAGUACUAGUCUCUCUCUAAUUAUUGGUUUUGAAGCUCAAAUUUAUUCAGUUUCUUUUUGCGUUUUGAAAGUCUCUUCUUUAUCUUUUAGAUUAUACCAAAAAUCUCUGUGACUUGGGUGACUUUGGUGCUUAUCUCUGACGAGAGAAUUGGGUUUGGGGAAUUUCGCCUUCUGGGGAACUGGGUCAAUCUGAAAAGUUCCAGUUUUUUUCGUUGUAAAUGUUUGUUAGCAGUUGUGUAUAUUAAGUAGUUACUCGAAUUCAAGUUAAUUUCAAUACUUUCAUUUCUGGGUUUUGAAAUUUCUUCUGGUUUUCUUAGUUUUUGCCUUGUACAAUUUGCGACAAUUUGCAAAGGAUCUGCCUCUUUUGGCAAUUUGUAAGAAGUGAGUUUUUCCAAUUUUAGCUACUUGGGUAUUGGGUUUGAAUACCUGGUUGUUUUGGCUCUAGAAAAACCCACUUCAGAAUCAUUGUACUGAACCACAAUAUUUCGUAUUGAAGUUCUUCCAUCUUUUACAGGUUUUUAUUUACACAGUUAUCGAGCUCCUGUUGUAGAUUGCCUAAGCUUGGAAUUUUUGUUUGGAGAAAUUAAAGAUACUGAAGGAUGACGAUUGGAAAUGUUGCACCUAAGAAGGAGAGGGAGUCACGAAAUUCCGAAGCAAUUGUUGAUGGGAAAGCCCCCUUGUUGCCUAAGAGGCAAGAGGAAGCUGUUGGGUUUGAUGAGUUUAAUGGUGCUUCCUUUACUGGGGCAGUGUUCAACUUAUCUACCACAAUUGUUGGUGCUGGGAUCAUGGCGUUGCCAGCAACCAUGAAAGCUUUGGGGCUUGUUCUUGGGAUUGCCAUGAUAAUCUUUAUGGCGUUUCUGACCGAUGCUUCAAUCCAGUUUCUGCUUAGGUUUAGCCGGGCAGGGAAGUCGGUUUCUUAUGGAGGUCUUAUGGGGGAUGCCUUUGGAAAAUAUGGGAAAUUUUUUCUGCAGUUAAGUGUCAUAAUUAACAACAUUGGCGUACUCAUUGUGUACAUGAUUAUUAUCGGCGAUGUGCUUUCUGGAACAUCUUCAAGUGGAGUUCACCAUGCUGGUGUCCUCGAAGGGUGGUUUGGAGACCACUGGUGGAAUGGGCGCACCUUUGUUCUCUCUGUCACGACGCUUUGCAUAUUUGCUCCAUUGGCAAGCUUUAAGCGAAUCGAUUCAUUAAGGUAUACAUCUGCUUUAUCAGUUGCCCUGGCGGUUGUGUUUCUUGUUAUUACCGUUGGAAUUUCCAUUAUGAAGUUGAUAAGUGGAGGCGUUAUGAUGCCUAGAUUGCUACCCGAUGUUACUGAUCUGACAUCAUUCUUCUCACUCUUCACUGUAGUCCCUGUUCUUGUCACUGCAUAUAUCUGCCACUAUAACGUUCACAGCAUAGACAAUGAACUUGAAGAUUCCACACAGAUAAAAGCGGUAGUGCGAACUUCGCUUGCUUUAUGCUCAUCUGUGUACAUAAUGACAAGCUUUUUUGGGUUCCUUCUGUUUGGUGAUGCAACUCUAGAUGAUGUGCUUGCCAACUUUGAUACCAAUCUUGGCAUUCCUUACAGUUCACUGCUCAAUGAUGCUGUCCGUGUUAGCUACGCUGGCCACCUCAUGCUCGUAUUUCCCGUUGUCUUCUUCCCAUUGCGGCUCAACUUGGAUGGCCUCCUCUUUCCCUCAUCAAGGCCUUUGGUUCGGGAUAAUUGUAGGUUUGCAUUGAUCUCAAUUGGGCUCAUUACUCUUAUAUUCUUAGGUGCAAAUUUCAUACCCAGCAUUUGGGAUGCCUUCCAAUUCACUGGAGCAACUGCUGCAGUGUGCCUUGGGUUCAUUUUUCCUGCUGCCAUUACUCUUAGGGAUCGGCACUACAUUGCAACGAAGAAGGACAAAUUCUUGGCUGUCUUUAUGAUAGUCCUAGCAGUCUUCUCAAACCUGAUGGCCAUAUAUAGUGAUGCCUAUGCCUUGAUAAAGAAGAAUACAUCUCCCCAGACUCCCCGUGAAUGAUCUCUCAUGUCACUCCUCCAUCUGAAGAAAUGCCCAAGCGGGAGGUUUUGGUGAUGCUUGUGAGGAAGGAAACCAUAGUCCCUAUGGUGGGACCAUUUGGAGUCCAAUCAGAAAACAACCAGGGUUUUCUGUAAGGGUUUGAGGAGUUGAACUAUAGUUAUAAUAAGACGACAUACUACUUGGUUGUACAAAGGUACUUUGCUAAACAAGUAUGCCGGAGAUAUACAUGCAUUUGAGAUUCGUGUACAUUGUAUUGUUGUCUUGCUUUGUGCUUGGUAUUGGAUCUUGUUGUGUGGACCAGAA